UGCUUGCCAUCUGCAUUGGCCAACCAUAGGCAUUUGAAAGAGGCUGACUUACAAGAAUCAGCUCCUGAAAGAGCCCAGCCAGACCCGAGGCCAACUUCCACUUUCCUCUGGAUAUUUUCACUUUCACGGCGUCCUGUUCUGAGUCAACAUUCCUCCUUCUAAACAUGGGACUUUCCAGAAGGACCACAGCUCCUUCCAUGCAUCCGCUUGACCUGGGAUGUUCUGGAUUUGGCUGUCGAGCGACUUUGCCUGCCUCUCCGAAGUAUGGCCGUGUGGUGCCUGUGGAGUCUCCUUCUCUGGGAAGCACUACUUCCCUUCGUUGUCACCGGUGCCCAAGUUCAGGGCCAGGUGGGGGGCUCGGCGCUGCUGGUGGCAGAGCGCCCUCCCGGCUUCCAAAUCCGAGAGGCCAUCUGGAGAUCCCUCUGGCCUUCAGAGGAGCUCCUGGCCACGUUUUUCCGGGGGUCUCUGGAGACGCUGUACCACUCCCGCUUCCUGGGCCGAGCCCAGCUGCACGGCAACCUCAGCUUGGAGCUGCGGCCGCUGGAGUCUGGAGACAGCGGCAACUUCUCCGUGCUGCUGGUGGACAAGGAAGGUCGAGCCUGGACCCAGACCCUGCAGCUCAAGGUGUAUGAUGCAGUGCCCAGGCCCGAGGUACAAGUGUUCAUUGCUGUAUCAGGGGAUGCUCAGCCCCCCAAGACCUGCCAAGUGUUCCUGUCCUGUUGGGCUCCCAACAUCAGCGACAUAACCUAUAGCUGGCGACGGGAGGGAACCAUUGACCUUGAUAUCAAGCCAGGUGGCCUCUUCAUGGACGGACAUGUGCUGAGCGUGUCACUGGGACCAGGUGACAAAGGUGUGGCCUAUUCCUGCAUUGUCUCAAACCCUGUCAGCUGGGACUUGGCCACAGUCACCCCCUGGGAGAGCUGCCAUCGCCAGGCAGCUCCAGGGAUGGCCUCCUACAAAGAUGUGCUACUGGUGGUGGUGCCUGUCUUGCUGUUCCUGAUCCUGGCUGGUCUCUCUGCCUGGCACUGGGGCCCCUGCUCAGGGAAAAAGAAGAAGGAUGUCUGUGCUGAUGAAGUGGCUCCAGAGACAGAGAACCCCCUCGUGCAGGGUCUGCCAUGAGCAAUGCCUGGAUCGUGAGGAAACCCACCGCCUAGCCACAUGAUGCUCUGGGAUGUAGCUGGUACCUGGAAACCACCAUGGGCCUCCUGUGAGACUCCUGUACCACCUCUCAGGAACAGCCUGGGCAGCCGUCACACUGGGAGGGCAGGAAGCACUGACACAACCUUCCACACCUUCCCCCUUCCCUCUCCCCUGGUUGCAUGUCCUGGCUCUGCUCUGGGCAGCAUGGACCCAGCAGGACAUCCCCUCAAGGACACUGGAAGUUCUCCAGGAUCCAUAGAUUGAUUGUCCAGGGCACUCACUCCUCCACCACUGUUCGUGAAGUAUUGUUAUGGAUGGAAUUCAAUCCCCUUUAAAUUCACAUGUUGAAAUCCUAACCCCCAGUAUCUCAGGAUAUGACUGUGUUUGGAGAUAGGGUCUUUAAAGAGAUAAUUGAGGUUAAAUGAGGUCAUUGAGAUGGCCCUAAUCCACGAUGACUGGUGUCCUUAUAAGAAGAGGGAGACACACCAGGAAUGCACACACAGAGAGGAAAAGCCAUGGAAGGACACAGAGAGAAGGAAGCCCUCUGCAAGCCAAGGAGAGAGGCCUUGGGAGAAACCAAACCUGCUAACCUCUUGGUCUUGGACUUCCAGUUUCCAAGACUGAGAAUAUAAAUUUCUGUCGUUUAAGCCACCCAUUCUGUGAUAUCUUGUUAUGGCAGCCCUAGCAGACUAACACAACCAUUAACCAACCAGCAUCAAAGGAUUACUUCCAGCCUGGGUCCUGGCCUCUAAAAGACAUUAGACAAUCACCCACUUUCAGCCCCAACCCUAGCCCCUGUCAUUUGAGACCCUGAUGUUUCCCACAACCAAGGAAUUAUAAGAAAAGGUCUAGAACUUGAUGAAGAAGAGACGUGGGAGUCAAGGGUUUCUCUUUCCAGCUUGAAGGACUUGCAAGUUCAUGGUCCUCAAAGGUAAUUUACAGUUCUAGACAACCAAGGGAUGGUUGAUAUCUCAUGGUUGGGAUGGGUGUCAUUUUGCCGGUAACAUCUUUUUAAUUGACAUCUUCACCCUCAGCACUGACCAUCAUGCCUCCCACAGGAGCUGGAGUUGGGUUUGAGAUUCUCUCCUCACUGUCUAGCACAGUGACCAGAAAAAGAGAGAUUAAAUUCCUCAGCCAACAGGAAGUUCUUGCACAACUUCAGGAAAAUGAGCUCAGCUCAGGAUGAGGGUCUCUGCCUGAGACUGAGAGAGAGAGGAGCCAGGAAAAGCUAAACAGAAGGGAAAUUAUGGAGGGAAAGGAGCUGAGGCAUCCUAAUAUCUGCCACACUCAUUUUCAGAUGCAAGUGCAGAAGAUCCACCCAAGUUCAAGGGACCCACCACUCAAUGGGAAGGUGUUCAAAGUCACUUUGAAAGGAGAGCAUGUGGGAUGGAAGGUAUUAUUGUGGCCAUCUCUGCAAAACACAAUCUGCCACUGAGCGAUUCUGUCUUAAAAAGCUCUGGAAUAUUGCCACUGGAAAAAAUAAUUGAUGAGCUAAACUUACACUUAAGAAUUAGUAGAUGAUAUGGUCCAGCAUUACUCCCUCCCAAGUGUAACUGGAUUUUUUUCUAGGACUUCACUCAAGUCUUGAUGAUAGAGGAAGGAGGCAUUGAAGAAACAGGGGUAGGUUUUGAAGUAUUUUCCCAGGGCGGCUUCAGUCCCUCCACCCAGGAUGUCAGCCCUGUGCAAGGGUCUUCCCUCUUCUCCCCAGUUCCUGGGCAGUCACUUCACCUUGGACAAAUGGUCAGCUCAUCUGGCCUCCAGAUUCAUAUGGCCACUCCUCCACACGACUAGUCCUGGAAUGUUCCUGCCUGCUGGCUCUGCUCAGAGGUCCCCUGCUGGCCACCUGACUUCGCCUAGUCCUCAUGCCUCUCCUGCAUCCACUUCUCUCCCAUCACCUUCUUCCAAGUCCACCUGAACAGUGCACAUGGCCACAGCAGCUAGCGCUGCCGCCACCUGUCAUCAGGGGCAUUCCCCGGGCCUGGUCAAUGAACCAGGCAAAACUGGCCU